UCGAAAGUCAUGCAGCUUUGCAAGACUACGAAUCGGCGAUAUUUCUUGAACUUACUGAAGAAGAUGGGUUGUUUGUGACAGCAAGGGGAAUAAGUAUUCGCAAAGUGCUAUCAAACUUUCUUAAGAUGUACUGUGAUCCUGCGGCUCUUGUUAUUGUUGUGAAUGCAUCAGAUUAUGAGGAGAAUCACAUUAUCGAAAAUCUUGAGACAGCUGGUGUGUUGGUUCCUAAAAGAAUAACCACUGAAUACAGCUCUUCAGAUAGAGAAAGUAUUUAUUUAUCUGGAGGGGUCAUGUUUGUAACAUCACGUAUCCUUGUGGUUGAUAUGCUGACCAAGAAGAUGCCGGUUCACCUUGUGACUGGAAUGGUAGUAUUUAAAGCUCACAAAAUUAUUGAGUCAUGUCAGGAAGCUUUCAUACUAAGACUGUAUAGAGAGAACAACAAGACUGGUUUCAUCAAAGCCUUUUCAGACCAGCCAACAGCUUUCACUUCUGGAUUCUGCAAAGUUGAAAGAGUUAUGAAGAAUUUGUUUGUGCGGAAGCUGUCACUAUGGCCCAGGUUUCAAGCAACCAUCAACGCCACACUUGAAAAACAUAAGCCCGACGUCGUUGAGCUCCACCUUCAGUUUACGCCAUGCAUGACAGCUAUUCAGAUGGCCAUCUUGGAUCUACUAGAUAACUGCCUUAAAGAACUAAAGCGUGCAAAUCCCUCGAGCAUAAAAACUAAACAACUAGUGUCUGAUUUGAAAGUACUGCGCCUAAUCUUGUUUUAUCUGACGCAGUAUGAUUGCGUAACAUUUUACUCGUUUCUGGAGUCUUUAAGGGCAAGUCAGCGUGACGUCACACGUCAAUCACUAUGGAUGUUUAUGGACGCUGCUGAUUCAUUGUUCGUGCACGCAAAAGAAAGAGUUUAUGGUUCAAGGCAGUCACAGAAAUCAAAACGACAGAAAASAGACACCGUAGAGAAUUUAAACAAGAAGAAAGAUGCUCAAGAAGAUUACAAAAUGGAGGAAAGUCCUAAAUGGAAAUUAUUAGCCGACAUUUUAGAGGAAAUAGAAAAAGACGAAGAGAAAAACAGGCAAUUGGGUCCAGGUCACAUCCUUGUAGCCGCGUAUGACGGAAGAACCUGUUAUCAGCUUAAAGAGUACUUGUGCCACGGAUCAGAGGUGCUCUUGACUAGAAUACUUAACAAAAUGACCAACGACUCAGGGAAUACUGGACCAGACCCUGUAAUACCAGUUGAUCUUGAUUUCGAGAUGGAAACAGAUCAAACAGAAGAUCCGGGAACUUCUGCUCAACCUGUAAAACAGAACGUGCCUAAAUCCCGUCGAGGUAGAAGUCGGGCAGGGAGAGGGAAAGGAAAGACUGACCUAAAGCAAACCAAACUUGUCGAAGCUGAUAAGGAAUCAACAAACUUGCCAGAACAAACGACGACUUCGUCAAGUGAAAAUAAUCAAGGAACAACAAAAAAUAUUUUUCUCAAGGCUUACGACGCAAAAGAAAAUAUCGAUAAUAAACAAACGGACGUUCAAAUGAUGACUUCACCCGUAACUGUGAUUCAUCCGCUGGUCGGAUGCAGUGAUCCUUACAGUUUAAUCAAAACCUUGGAGGAAAUAGAGCCACGAUAUGUGAUUCUGUAUGACUCCGAGAUGGAAUUCGUUCGUCAACUUGAGGUUUACAAAGCUUCACGACCUGGUGUUCCACUAAGGGUGUAUUUCAUGAUCUACGCAGGGUCGGUGGAAGAACAAAAAUAUCUUACAACAUUACGUAAAGAAAAGGAAGCAUUUGAAAUGCUUAUCAAGGAAAAAGCGACAAUGGUGAUCCCUGAAGAAAGAGAAGGAMGGACGGAAGCAGCAAUGAGCCUCAGCCGCGAUCCAUCGAAGGCGACAGACGCUGUUGACACACGCAAAGCAGGAGGAAGAGAAGAGCACGCUAAACAAGCAAGACGAGUGAUUGUCGACAUGAGAGAAUUUCGCAGUGAGCUACCUUCUUUGAUUCAUCGACGUGGCAUCGACAUCGAACCAGUAACGCUAGAGGUAGGUGACUAUAUCCUCAGCCCAGACAUGUGUGUAGAGAGGAAAAGUGUAGGRGAUUUGAUUGGAUCCUUGAAUAGUGGUCGACUAUAUAAUCAAGCCGUUGCGAUGACCAGGUAUUACAAGCGACCAAUACUGCUCAUUGAAUUCGACCAAAACAAAUCCUUUGCACUACAGGCAACCUCGUCUCUUUCCAACGAGAUUUCCAUUCAAAAUGUCACAUCAAGACUCGCUCUGUUGACGCUUCAUUUUCCUAAGAUUYGCAUUCUCUGGUGCCACAGUCCAUAUGCAACCGCUGAACUGYUUGACGAAUUGAAGAGUGGCAGUCCAGAACCAGAUGCAGCCACUGCAGUUUCAAUAGGGACGGACACAUCAUCUGUUUCUGAGAUUAAAUACAACAUUGGACCCCAGGAUUUUAUUCUAAAAUUGCCAGGGAUUAACUCCAAAAAUUAUAAGUAUUUAAUGAAUCAAGUUAAAGAUAUCAAUGAGCUUUGUGAACUCACAGAAGAAAGGCUUGCAGAAAUAUUAGAAAACACAAAUACAGCAAAAACGCUCUGGGAAUUUCUCCAUGUCAGGAAGAAAGAUACUUCGACGACAGCAACAACAUCUAAGCCUUCAAGGAGGAAUAAGGGCAGGAAUAAAUAGUUUGUCUUAUUUGUUAUAUCUAUAUGUUGUCUUGUACAUAUUUCAAAUGAUUAAAUUGUUGAUAUGUAGUCGA